AUGAACAAGGGAAUGCAAAAUUCAUGCCGGACGCUUUUUUCAGUUUUUAAAAAGAACGUUAAGAAUUUUGCACAGAGAAAUAAAAAUGCAGAGUAUGAUAUGAUUAAAACCGUUAUCCGAAGAGAAAAAGAAGUGAAAUUUAAAAAUAUAUUUCUUGGUGUAAGCUUAAUUAAUAUGACCAUGUUCAUAUUUACACUUUCCAAUUAUUUCGUUAAGAAUGAAAAAGACUACUACGAUAAUAUGGAUAUAGGAAUUAUAGACCAUGUCGCGUUAAACGAAUUUAUUAGUUCUAUGGGGGUUAAUAAUCUUCCCAUAUAUUUAAAAAAUAAAUUUUUUAACAAAUUGGUAAAAAAUAUCCAAGAUGAAGAAUAUUCCUUUAAGGAAAAUGCAUUGUUGGGUCUACUGGAAAUAUUUUACAAAAAUAAAAAUGCUUAUGCCGAAAUUAUAAGAGAAAAUUACGUGGAACAUUUAAAUUUGAUAAAAUAUAUAUUUGAAGAAUUACAAAAGGGAAAAAAUUUAGAAUAUACAAAAAAAAAAAUUUUUUCCAGUAUUUUGUUUUAUUAUAUAAAAUAUUCUGAUAACAAUUUAUCCCUACCGUAUGAUUAUAUUCAGGAACUUGUGAAUAACCCCAACUUGUUUCAUAAUCUUGAUCAAAGGGAAGACAUUAUAUCCUACUUAUUGUUAAAAAUUGCUAAAAAUGAAAAAAAUAUUUCAGAAAUAUAUGAAAAUGAAAAAGAAUUUAUCGAAAUGUACACAAAGAGAUCAGAUAAAAUGAAGUUGAGUAUAUCAGAGGAUGAAAUGGAAAAAAAAAAAAGUUCAUAUAUGCCCAUUAUUCAAUAUUUAAUUUUGCAAAAAAAAGACAGAAUAGAGGAUGAUAAAUCCAUGUGGAAUUUUUAUUACACCAUAAAAAAAAGUAAUGAAAAUUAUAAUAAACAAGAAUGUCUUAUUUUGUUUCAAAAUUAUUUUGACAAAAUUAAUUGUUCUUUUUAUAUAGAAACAAGUGGUAUGACUCUUAAGAAGAAUAACAGUAGUAAUAUUAUGAACAAAAUUUAUUUGAAAUAUUUUGAAAAUACAAUUAUUUACACAUUCUUCUUCUCAUUUGUUUUGCAUAAUAUUAAUGCUAAGGAGUACACCAUGAAGAACUACCUUUUUGCUGCUAAAGACAUAUUCAGGAGUAUUUACACAAAUUGUAUUAUCAAUGCCAUUUUGUUAAUUCAAAAAUCAGUUACACAGAAUAUGAACAUGUGUACAUACGAAAAUAUAGGCAUCUCAACAUCUUUUCUUUUUAACGUGUUAAAUUCUUUGGCCUUUUCAUUCUCCUUGUACAAGUGCAAAUAUGCACUGGCUCCACUUCUGUUCUCACAAAUCGUGAAGGAUAACUUUUUUCUCUGA